CUUCCCCGCGGGGAUGCUGCGGCUGGGCUGCUGGCUGAGGCCGCUAGUGUGGAGGCGUGGGCUCCAAGCCUCUGCCCGGCUCUCCUUAAGGGCCGAGAUGCCCAAGAAAGCCGGUGCGACGAACAAGGGUAAGAGCCAGAGCAAGGAGCCAGAGAGACCACUUCCUCCCUUAGGUCCUGUGGCAGUUGAUCCUAAAGGUUGUGUCACCAUAGCCAUCCAUGCCAAACCCGGGUCCAAACAAAACGCUGUCACAGACGUGACAGCGGAAGCGGUGAGAGUGGCCAUAGCAGCCCCUCCGUCGGAAGGAGAGGCUAAUGCCGAGCUCUGUCGGUACCUUUCUAAGGUCUUGGAGCUCAGGAAGAGUGACGUGGUUUUGGAUAAGGGCGGUAAAUCUCGUGAAAAAGUCGUGAAGCUGUUAGCGUCCACAACGGCAGAGGAGAUCUUGGAGAAAUUAAAGCAGCAAGUUGAAAAACAAUAAAAGCAAGUUAUGAGAAGUACAUCCUUGAGAAGCGCUUUAAUUGCUAUUCGUGAAGAGGCUGUUCAGUAGGAAAAUGUACCUCAGUGCACUGAAGAACAUGAAAAAAAAAUUUAAGAACAGGACUCAGAAGAGAAGUAGGAAUUUUAAAAGUGCUGUAUGUUCAGUGUAGGUUCUGACGUCCAAAGAGUUUGGAACACAUCAGUCCGAUUUCAUCGCAUUACACAAUGACAGAGCUGGAAGACACCUUCAGGAUGACCUGUCACCCCUCUGAUCCCGUGAUGGGGCUUCCACUCUCCAGAAGUUCAGAGACUUGUUCGGGAUCACAC